AUGGAAAGACAAGGGUUCAAUUCAAUGUUGUUUACUAGAGGUAUGCUGUUUACUAGAGGUUUAGAAUACAGGUGUGGUUUAAGUAAAUCAAUAGAUAGUUUUGGUCCUAUUGAUGAAAAUAACGGUGGAGACACAUCUAGUUUAAUUGAUAUGCAUAAUAACAUUCAUAGCUGGAAGAACAAUAGUGAAAAUUGUAGUUAUAGUCAUGGUCAUGCUGACUAUUCAGCAGAUGUGAACAACAUACAUAAUCAUAAUUUGCUAUUUGCAAAAAGUCUAUCCGUGUGGGAUAGUCAUAAUAAUAGUUAUGACAUAUAUUAUGCUUAUAAUGAUGAUAGUUGGACUUAUAACAUGAAUUGUUGCAUUUGGAAUUAUCUUCGUUCUCAAAUCUGGGAGGAUAUUGACAAAUCCAAUGCCAGUUACCGUGAUAUGGACUUUAAGAGUUACAUUUGCGAUAGGGGCCAAAAUAGUAGUGAAAGCCAUAGUACAAAUAUAAUAAAUUAA